AUGGCAACAGCAGCAGGUGAUUCAAAACAGAAUCCAGGUAGUGAAGAAGAUUGUGCUGUAAAUAAUUAUGGAACAUUGCCAUUAAUUCAAUCGAAAGAAAAAAAUGAUCGUCAUUUAGUAUCAGUUCGUGAUAUAACAGAAGCAUUAGCUAAACAAAUAAUUUGGGUACGUGGAAGAUUACAUACAAGUCGAGGAAAAGGUAAACAAUGUUUUCUGGUAAUUCGGCAUCAAUUUGCAACAAUACAAGCCAUACUUGCUGUUAGUGAAAAUAUUAGUAAACAAAUGGUGAAAUUUGUUGCAAGUAUUCCCAAAGAAAGUAUCAUUGAUGUUGAAGGAGAAGUUUCAUUAGCACCAUCGCCAAUAGAAUCCUGUUCACAGAAAACUGUCGAAUUACAGUUAAAAAAAGUAUUCGUUGUUAGUACAGCUGAACAGCGUUUACCAUUGCAAAUUGAAGAUGCUAUGAGACCUGAAGAAAGUGACGAAUCAAUGGCUCAUGUGAAUCAAGAUACACGAUUAGAAAAUCGUGUAAUUGAUUUGCGAACACCGUCGAGUCAAGCAAUUUAUCGAAUUGAAGCUGGUGUAUGCAAACUAUUUCGUGACACACUUGAUGAAAAAGGUUUUGUGGAAAUUCAUACACCAAAAAUUAUCCCAGCCCCUUCUGAGGGUGGUGCAAAUGUAUUUCAAGUAACAUAUUUCAAAACAAAUGCUUAUCUCGCUCAAUCACCUCAAUUAUAUAAGCAAAUGGCAAUAUGUGGUGAUUUUGGAAAAGUUUAUACAAUCGGAGCUGUAUUUCGUGCGGAAGAUUCAAAUACACAUCGUCAUUUGACUGAAUUCGUUGGUCUUGAUAUUGAAAUGGCAUUUAAUUAUCAUUAUCAUGAAGUCUUGUUCACUAUUGGAGAUUUAUUCACACAAAUAUUUAAAGGAUUAGAACAACGAUUUGCUUCUGAAAUAGAAACGAUCCGAAAACAGUUUCCAUGUGAACCAUUUGAAUAUUUAGAUCCGCCUCUAAGAUUAGAAUAUAAAGAUGCUGUUGUAAUUUUACGUGAAAAUGGUAUUGAAAUGGGCGAUGAAGAUGAUCUAACAACUACAAAUGAAAAAUUUCUUGGAAAAUUAGUGAAAGCAAAAUAUCAUACAGAUUUUUAUAUGUUAGACAAAUAUCCCUUGUCUGUUCGACCAUUUUACACGAUGCCGGAUCCUGAUAAUCCAAAAUAUUCAAACAGUUAUGAUAUGUUUAUAAGAGGAGAAGAAAUAUUAUCGGGAGCUCAGCGUAUACACGAAGCUCAACUUUUAACUGAACGUGCUAAACAUCACAAGAUCAAUUUAGAACAAAUUAAAUCUUAUAUUGAUUCAUUUCGCUAUGGUUGUCCUCCACAUGGUGGCGGUGGUAUUGGUUUAGAACGAGUAUUAAUGUUAUAUCUUGGAUUAGGUAAUGUUCGAAAAACAUCAAUGUUUCCGCGUGAUCCAAAACGAAUAACACCAUAA